UCUCGUCUAUAUCUUUCACUCCUUUGGAGUCCACGUCGAGCUUGACAAUACUUCUUGGCCCACCCGUAAGCAUGGGCAAAAAGAAGCUUUCGCUCAAGCCGCUCAACCGUGGCUUUGCGACCACCUCAGUCCAGUCCAAGAAGGCCAAAGGACAGAAGAUCACCACAGAUGUCGAUCAGCAGCCGGCAGAAGUAAAUGAGGCCUCCCAGCCUUCAGAGCAUGAAUCAAGCAAGUCUGGCGGCAAUGACGGCUCCCAGCAGCUCGCAGCGGCCACAACGUCUACUGAAACGGGUGAUGACUGGGAGAGCGAACAGGCCAUUGAGGAUGGCAUCUAUCAAGCCCUUGUGGACCGGCUGCAAGAGAAGGCCGAUAAGGAGGUCUCGCGAAUUGUUAAGUCUCUUGAGCAGGAGAAACGGUGGGCAGCGUCGUUUCCACCUCUGCGCAUUAACGACCACGUCCGCGAUCAAGCAUUGCAGUACGCCCGAGAGGACCUCGGAGGAGAGGAUGCGGGCUCCAAAUCUUUGUCUCCCUCUGCCAACACCAGCGAUGGGGAUAAAAUCUUGCUGCGGACCUACGUGGCAUCUGAAGUUCUCUCAUGGAUGGGCUUCUCAGAGCGUCGGAUCGAGGAGUGCAUACUCCGAGGGCUGGGUGACGGACAAGGCUGGGCCGAGGCCGAAGAAUGGAUGUGGCUCCACCUAAGCGACGACGAGUGCCAUGGAGUUGGCGAGUUCACGAAGGCCGAAGCCUGCAUCUCCAUCGGAGACGACCCACUCAUUGACGUGACGCAAGAUAAGCUUUCUCUCAGCUCAAAUACAACAUCGAGCAAUGAUCCUCCGGUUCCGACUGUUCGAGUUGAGCCAACUUCUCUACCUGCGGAGCCCGGGUCAUUGUUCCAGAGCUUGGAGGACAGCGGUUUAGAGUCAUCAUCCGAAUCGGAGGAUGAGUUGAAUAUGAACAAGACCAACGAGACUUGGGCCCAGCUCAUGCUGGAGCUUGAGGCGCACAAGGCUGCUGCGGGGCCUGGGAAAGCCAGGGGCAAAAAGUCCAAGAAUCUCGUGGUGAUGGAGACCCCGGAGACUGUCAAGAUCAAAAACAAAAUCAACAGGCUCGAGAAGGAGUACAUGUUCAGCAAGAAAGAUGCUGACGUCUUGUUGAAAACCAUGCGUACGAAGCGGGAUAUGGAACGGCUUGCCGUAAGGCUUCAAAACGCCGGGAAACUCGGCGAUGCAGCCUCACCCGCCGAAACACCUCCAAUCGCUUCGGUUCCUGACUCCUUAGUUUCAGACGACGAGGAAAGCGGUGGCCUCUUCGGAAAUAUGCUAGACGAGCCUGAGGACCCGGCAGGUAUCAAAGAAGACGUCAACUCCCUCAUCAAAGUGCGCUCAAUGCCGGUUCCUAAGCAGUUCACUUUCGCCGGCAACACUGCAAAGGGGCUACUGCGCUCUGCGCUCUCGAAGACCGCUCGCCAGGCUGUGGUGUCUUAUGUCAGGCUCUCCCCAAACCCACGCGUUGCCCGCUCUGGCUUGGAGAUCCGGUGGUCCGCUGAGCAGCGACGGGCCUGGAGAAUGGACGAUAUUGCAUGCGAAAGCGUCGAGGAGGCGGAUAACUAUAUCUCGACUGUUGCCCUCCACGAUUUGGUCGCUGUAGGCAGCCUACCACCUGUGAACUGGCGAUCAAUGCCCCCGGCUUAUCGAGAUCUAUGGGACGAGCUGGAGCGGACCCUGGCAGAGAAGAGGAUGGCCACGAAGCGCCAGACUUGGAAAAACAUCAAGCUACUGGUCGACCAGAAGAUUGAGCUGAAGACGGCUACCUCAAGCGCUACUAAUGCGAAACGCACACCUCUUUCGACUUCGGCUGUUGGCAGUCCGCCUCGCCCAUCCACGCCGGUUUUUGUCGACAGGCUUCAGAACAUGUAUGAGAAACGGACCGCCUCUCCUGAAUAUCGAAAGAUGCGGCAGGCGCGAGACCUGCUCCCCAUUGCGCCGUUCCGCGAACAAAUUCUCGAAACACUGGACAGCACACAAGUCCUUGUGUUCUCAGGCGAAACAGGGUGCGGCAAGUCAACACAGCUUCCAGCCUUCAUUUUGGAGGAUCAGCUAUCGAAGGGAAAGCCGUGCAAGAUCUUCGUCACGGAGCCGCGAAGGAUCAGCGCUAUCUCCCUAGCACAACGUGUGUCGACCGAAUUGGGCGAGCCUCACGGUGCAAUGGGCAACGCGUCAUCCCUAGUCGGCUACUCCAUUCGGCUUGAGGCGAAGAUGUCUCUCAACACUCGUCUUGCCUUUGUCACGAAUGGCAUUGCACUCCGCAUGCUGGAAGGGGGAGGGAGUUCGUUCGACGAGGUCACACACAUUGUCGUUGAUGAGGUACACGAGCGCUCCAUCGAGUCAGACUUUCUUCUCAUCGUCCUGAAACAGUUGCUCGAGGUACGGAAAGAUUUGAAGGUAAUUCUGAUGUCGGCAACGGUGGACGCCGAGAAGAUUUCCGGCUUCUUCGGCGGGUGCCCAGCGAUGCAAGUGCCAGGCCGUACUUUUCCGGUCCAGGUCCAGUUCCUUGAAGACGCCGUUGAGCUGACGGGGUGGCAAAUCGACGAAACGUCACCCUACGCUGUAUGGGACCGCAACCGCAAGGCCGGGGCAAAAAAACUGGAAUGGUCGGAAGAGGUGGCCGAGACCGCCGAGGAUGCUGAAGAGGACAAUGACGACGAGAAGCCGGCGGACCCGAUGAAACUUUCGGCCUCGAAGUACUCGUCUCGCACAGUCUCCACGGUCAAUCUCCUUGACUCGCGCAAGAUUCCCUAUGAUCUCAUAAUCCGACUUUUGGAGCGAGUUUGCUUUGAGGAGACCCACCUUCAGAUGUUCUCGGCCGCCACUCUCGUCUUUAUGCCCGGAUUGGCAGAAAUCCGAAAACUACACGAGGAGCUGCAAAACCAUCCGCACUUUGGGACAAAAGACUUUGUCAUACAUCCUCUGCAUUCCUCAAUCAGUUCUGAAGGACAGAGCUCAGUGUUUGAUAUCCCGCCAACGGGUGUGCGCAAGAUCGUCAUCUCGACCAACAUCGCUGAGACUGGUGUUACCAUCCCUGAUAUUACGUGUGUCAUUGACAGCGGCAAGCAACGCGAGAUGCGCUAUGAUGAGAAGCGCCAGCUCUCACGUCUAGUCGAGACCCAUAUUGCGCGCAGCAACGCAAAACAGCGGCGCGGGCGCGCCGGUCGCGUCCAGGAAGGACUGGCCUUUCAUCUGUUCACUAAAGCGCGACACGACAACCAAUUGGCGGAGCAUCCUAUUCCCGAGAUGCUGCGCCUCUCGCUCCAGGACCUUGCUCUCCGUAUUAAGAUUCUGAAGGUCAAGAUGGGCAACACUGUUGAGGAGGUUCUUCUCAAGGCCCUCGACCCGCCGUCCACCGCCAAUAUCCAGCGCGCCGUAUCAGCAUUAGUCGAGGUGAAGGCUCUCACUGUAGAUGAGGCAAUCACCCCCAUGGGCCGACUCUUGAGCAAGCUGCCGAUGGAUGUUCACCUUGGCAAGUUCCUCUUGCUAGCCGCCCUCUUCAAAUGCCUCGAUCCAGCGCUCACUAUUGCGGCAACUCUCAACUCCAAAAGCCCUUUCAUCACGCCGUUUGGGUUUGAAAGCCAGGCUACGGCGGCGAAGAGGAGCUUCUCCGAGGGUAACAGCGACUUCCUUACAAUCGUCAAGGUGUUUGACACUUGGCGUCGCGCCCACGACAAUCCCUCUUUUGUUCGGACCUUUUGCAAGCGGAACUACGUCUCUCAUCAGACCUUGCAGCAGAUUGAGGAGCUUCGCCAGCAGCUUUUGGCCUACCUUAUCGACUCAGGCUUCGUCGAGGCAACCCUGGAACAAAAGCGAGAAAUAGCACGCGCCCGAUACUCUCGAGGCUUCAAGACCCGCUUCGUCGACGUACCUCCACACCUCAACAAGAACUCCGCUGACGAACGCAUACUGGGCGCGGCUCUUACGUCCGGUCUCUACCCUAAGAUCUUGACCAUUGAGGCUUCUGGCAGCCUGCGCACCAUCUCGAACCAGCAGCCAGUAUCAAUCCAUCCUAGCUCCAUCAAUUUCGGGCUACCAAAGAGCGAGUUUGGGACCAACAACCUUGUCUAUUACACGCUCAUGCAAUCCAAGAAGCUGUAUGCGUGGGAGACAGGACCAGUGGACGACCGGGCACUGGCGCUCCUUUGCGGCGACAAUGUAGAGACAAAACUCUCCGCUGCUUCCAUGCAAAUCGAUCGCAAGCUACGCUUUCAGGUCGACCCGAAGUCAGCUCUUGCGCUUAAGUAUUUGCGUGAUCAGCUCGCUUCAGCAAUGGCAGCCCGACUCCGCGGACGCUCCCUCACCCAACGCCAAUCUCAGUGGUUUGAGCUGGCGCUUGAAUGCCUUGCCACUGGGGUGUACGAGGAACAGCAGACUGUGAUUGUUUCGUAGACUGCAUGCUAUAGAAGUCAACCACGUCACCGCUGUCGCAAUGGACACAUAUACCAGAUAAAGACUGAUCGAUCUCGCCAAGAACUGGAGCGAAUGGCUUUGAACGAUACGCA